AUGGCUAUGCAACCGCAUAGUAAGAAAAGAGUGUGCUAUUACUACGAUAGUGAUAUCGGAAAUUAUUAUUAUGGCCAAGGACAUCCCAUGAAACCUCACAGAAUACGUAUGACACAUAAUCUGCUUUUAAACUAUGGAUUAUAUAGAAAAAUGGAGAUAUAUAGGCCACAUAAAGCAACUGCUGAUGAAAUGACUAAAUUCCACUCGGAUGACUACAUACGUUUCCUUCGCUCCAUCAGACCAGACAACAUGUCAGAGUACAAUAAGCAGAUGCAGAGAUUUAAUGUUGGUGAAGAUUGUCCAGUGUUUGAUGGUCUAUAUGAGUUCUGUCAGCUCUCUGCGGGAGGGUCUGUUGCUGCAGCCGUCAAGUUGAAUAAACAGGCAUCUGAAAUUUGCAUCAAUUGGGGCGGAGGGCUGCAUCACGCGAAAAAAUCUGAGGCAUCUGGUUUUUGCUAUGUCAAUGAUAUUGUUCUCGGCAUUUUGGAGCUGCUCAAGUACCACCAGCGCGUGCUUUACAUUGACAUAGACGUCCACCACGGAGAUGGGGUGGAAGAAGCGUUCUACACUACUGACAGAGUCAUGACUGUGUCCUUCCACAAGUAUGGAGAAUAUUUUCCUGGCACUGGUGAUUUACGUGAUAUCGGAGCUGGUAAGGGCAAGUACUACGCCGUCAAUAUCCCACUUCGGGACGGGAUGGACGACGAGUCUUACGAGUCUAUUUUCGUUCCCAUUAUUUCCAAAGUCAUGGAGACCUUCCAACCCAGUGCAGUGGUGUUGCAGUGUGGAGCCGAUUCGCUUACUGGUGACCGAUUGGGAUGCUUCAACCUAACAGUGCGCGGCCAUGGCAGAUGUGUUGAGCUUGUGAAGAGAUUUGGUCUUCCAUUCCUACUUGUGGGUGGAGGAGGUUAUACAAUCCGUAACGUAUCACGUUGUUGGACAUACGAGACUUCGGUGGCGUUGGGCGUUGAGAUAGCAAACGAGUUGCCAUACAACGAUUACUUUGAAUACUUUGGACCGGACUUCAAGUUACACAUCUCGCCCAGCAAUAUGUCCAAUCAGAACACAACUGAAUAUCUGGACAAAAUCAAGAACAGACUGUUUGAGAAUCUCCGUAUGUUACCGCAUGCGCCUGGAGUUCAGGUGCAAGCAAUCCCAGAAGACGCCGUCAACGACGAAUCAGAUGACGAAGAUAAAAUUGAUAAAGAUGAACGUCUGCCACAGAGUGAAAAGGACAAGCGUAUAACAGGAGAUGGAGAAUUAUCAGAUUCUGAAGAUGAAGGUGAAGGUGGAAGAAGAGACAACCGGUCUUAUCGCGCACCUCAGAGGAAGAGACCGCGACUCGACAAGGAUAACGCUAAGGAUGAUAUCAAAACGGAAGAAAACAAAGAAGACGUCAAAAACAUUACAAAUAUGGAAGAACCAAAGAAAGAUUUGCCGCCCAACGCUUGA